AUGGUAUACAACCCUACUGCUACUUUUCAUAAAAAGACUCUAACCAGAAUGAAAACAGGCUUAGGGUCAAAUGGUGAUAUUCUGUUUAUACAGACCCGUGCUCUGCGCGAUCAGCUGUCUUCGUCUUUCCGCUUUGUCUAUUCUAAUGGUCCUUUUUUUUCUGAUCCCGGUCCAGGGGUACUACCUGUGUACAAAGAUGCAGGCCCCUUCCGAAGCUGGCUUCGCCGGCCUCUACAAAACCGGGCUCAAGAACCACGGCUUCACAUGGAAGCAAUACGGAAAUGUCUAGAGGGCACAAUGAAAGAAGAUGAGCAAUCUGGUGCUAGUGGCCAAUGGGUUGGCCUCAUGGGUUUCAGUCAAGGGGCAAGACUGGCUGCCUCUGUCCUUUUCGAAUCACAAAGACGCCAAAAUAUCCAAGAGAAGGGUGGAAUUGUUCGUGGUUAUGAGGGAGACAACAUUGAGACCAAGCUGUGGGACCAACGAUGGCAAUUUGCUGUCUUGUUUUCUGGUCCUGCACCGCUAAUUGCCUUCUGUCCCGAGAAUGACCAUUUAUCAUCACAAUCCACGGCGGAACAUGACCCUAUGUACAGAGCGUUGGACAAUGUUAAUUGUUCUGGAGAAUUACACAUAACAAAGCCUACCCUGCAUGUUAUUGGCGUUAAGGAUGAGUGGGCACCCUCACAACGAGAGUUAUACGAAAAAUACUGCUCAAAGGAGUCCAGCACUUUGGUAGAAUGGGAAGGUGCACAUCGCAUUCCAAUUGAGUCUUCGAUAGUGAAAGAUCUCUGCGCAAGGAUCUUGGUCAUGUCAAAACAAGCGGACUUUGUAGAAUCAUGA